AUGCUAUUAAGUGAAUUCGACAUUCAAUACGUCGCACCGAAAACAGUCAAAGGGCAAGCAUUAGCAGAUCUACCGGCAGGAAGCCCAGUAGAUGACAAUCCCGUACCUGUGUGGACUUACUUCUCGGAUGAAGAAAUAAUGAAGAUUGAAGACGAAGAGAGUGAAUAUGAGUUAGGAUGGAAAGUAUACUUUGAUGGAGUGGUCAACUUUAAAAGAUCAGGAAUCGGAGCCGUCUUGGUUUCAGAUUCGGGCAAAUAUUAUCUGGUGGCAACCAAGUUGAGCUUCAGUUGCACCAACAACAUGGCUGAAUACGAAGCAUGUAUCUUGGGUCUACGUUUAGCCCUCGACAUGGAUGUAAAAGAACUUCAGCAAAUUCGUCCAAAAAUGCCACAAGUGUCAGAUUCAUGGAGAAUUGAUAAAGAAAUAGCUCCAAAGAGGAAGUACAACAAGAAAAAUACGGCUACUAGCCAGAGGGCUACCGUUGACGCAUCAACAGAAGGGGGUACUCAGGCCCAGGCAGGUGCCACAGCUAAUGUCGCUGCUACGCCUCCCAAUACUUCUGAUGCAGAUGUUAGAGGAGCUAUUCAGCUACUCACUCAAAUUUUGGCAAAUCAGGCCCAGCGACAGGAAACGGACCCUAGCUCAGGUGCUAGUAGUGGGUAA